CUCUACAUUCAACAACGAUGGCCGCAAACGCCGCCGGUCUACAACCGGAUUUCGGUGUCAUUACCACCUCUCUCAACACGGCCGCCACGCAUCUGGGACGAUGCGCCAACUUACUAGCCAUCGCCGGCGCCUAAGCGAUCCUGGAUGCGAUCCAAGGCAUGGAAAUCCGGCUUGGUGCCCGCAUCGACGACGUAGAGGCUCGGCUUAGUGCCCGCAUCGACCGGUUAGAGACACGUAUAGUGGUCGCCGAUCAAAACAGCGUUGCACGGCAGCAAAACGGCCUCCUCGUCACUACUAAAGAAUUUCCGCUCGAGGCGUUACACUCCGUCCUAACUGGCAGCCCGAUUCCGGACUUCCCCGCCCAGUUGGCUGACAUCGACCAACUGACAGGUGCGCAGGCGGAUAUUAUCCUGCGUGAACUAGGCGUUUCAAUGCAAGCGGGCGUUCUAGAAAAACGGAAGCGCAUCAGGGCCUUCUGUAGCGUCAGAGGUGUCUAGGGACUAUUUAAUCGCCGGGUUGUCGGGGGUUUAUGUUUUCUUUUGUUCCCCCGCACCUUGGUAGCCAUGUCUCCAUGGAAGCGGUGCAGCGAGUCUGUUGUCUGUCGGACUCGGUACCCCGGACUCUCUGCGGAUUCUCUUCGGAUUCUCUUCGGCUUUCUCUUUGAAUUGCCCAUGCCCAUGACCGUUGCUUUGGGGUUUGCCUUCCACGUUAGCCAGUCUGGCAAGGGUACGGACAAGAGAAAAUGACAUGUUUAUUUCCGGGCCAGGCCUAGAUCAUGGUAGUAUUUAGAAUCAAGAAUUCCACUUGUGAACUCG